CCGCAAUCACACAAUUCAUUUUCUCUGGGCUCUUUUUGUUGGUUCAAGAAGAAAUGACUUCCGACGAGGAUCAGGACACGAAUCAAGGGAAGGGCGGGGAGAAGCUAUGGGAACAUUCUUCCCCUGAGGGAACGGCAAUGUACCAAUUCAAACGGUACGUCUCGGAAAAAUACUCGCGAGAGUUCUCGGGCGAGGAAGACAAGCUCAAUUCCUUAUGGGCAUGGUCAGUCGAGGAGAUCGAGAACUUCUGGAGCGAAGUUUGGUACUACACUGGGAUUAAAGCUUCUCAGGGGUUCGAGUCCGUAGGUGCCCACGUUCAAUCCACCAGUCCCGCCACCGCUACCGGUACUCCUUCUGCCAAUUGAGGCGCCGGAUAAAAGUGCGACAAGCUAAGAAUGUUGAGAUAGGUCGUGGAUGUGAAUUCCGGAAUGUUCCCAAGACCGGCCUGGUUUUCGGGAGCUCUCCUCAAUUUCGCCGAGAACCUACUCUUCCCGCAGCUACGCGACAACGGCGGUGACGCGGUCGACGAGAACGCCAUCGCGGUCAUUGCCGCAACGGAGGGUAGCGAACGGGAAUAUGUCACUUGGAAAGAUCUCCGCGAGCGUGUGCGUGUUUGUGCUGCGGCUCUGAAACAGAGGGUUAAGCAGGGUGAUGUAGUGGCAGGUAAGGAGUGCAGAUCUCCCAAGGGAAAAACAGAAGCUUUUCAUUGGAGGGAUCGAAGGCUUACAUGAGCGAUACGGCGCGGUAGGAUACGUCGCGAAUCACACGAAUGCUUUGGUGGCUAUGCUCGCUACAACGUCUUUGGGAUGCGUGUGGACAGGGAUUAGUCCUGAUCAUGGAACUGCCGCUGUGCUUGACCGUCUGGCUCAGUUGGAACCUAGAGUCCUUUUUGCGGAUUCCGGUGUGCUUUACAAUGGCAAAAUGCACGUGGCUAUGCCGAAGCUGGGGGAAAUCACGGCUGCUCUUUUGAAACUGGGGACGGUAGUGGUUUUUAAUACCUUUGGACUGGAAAUUGACGCCCAGAACGUGAAGCCGAGCGGGCGAAGUGAGUGUCAGGUUUGGCAGUAUGAGGAUUUUGUGCAGACAGGAAACCAAGACUGUCCGUUGGAGUUUUUGCAGUUGCCUCCCGACACCCCUGUUUAUGUUUUGUUUUCUUCGGGGACCACAGGAAGUAUGUUUUUUUUUUUUUCCAUUUCAAUUGUACAAGAGUUGCUGAUGGCGGUCCCAGAGCCCAAGUGCAUUUGCCAUGGGGCUGUCGGAACUCUAAUACAGCAUAAGAAGGAACAUGUGAUUCAUUGCGAUAUCGGUCCCGGAUCGGUCUUCUUUCAGUUCACCACUGUUACUUGUCAGUUGAUAAUCAUUCCUAAACGCGAAGCUUAUGAUCUCGCUAAUAUGGGACUAGGGAUGAUGUGGCAUUGGCUUGUAUCUGGCCUGGCGAGCGGUGCGACUAUCGUUCUCUAUGAUGGCUCGCCAUUUAGACCUCUGAUAGGGGAAGGGGGAAAUCUGGCAAUGGCAAAGUUAAUUGAUGAACUUGGGUACGUGUGAACGUAUUAUCAUACCUCGGUAUGUCCGCUGCUAAGGGAUUCUAGGGUAACACAUUUCGGCACAAGCGCCAAGUAUCUUUCGGUAUUGGAACAAAGCAAUGUGCGCCCAAGUGUGUUUUGCCUCUCACCUCGCUUACCGAGACGAUAUAGCUGAUGGAGUAAUAGAGGAUAAAUAUCCCAUGAAAACCCUCAAAGCAAUAUAUUCCACCGCAUCAGUGCUUGCACCAUCAACAUUUGUAUAUGUUUAUAGUGCAUUCGGGCCGGAUCUUGACCUUGGCUCCAUCACCGGGGGCACGGACAUCAUCUCGCUGUUUGGUGCCCCCUCACCUCUUGUUGCGGUAUACAGCGGUGAAAUUCAAUGUUUGGGUUUGGGAAUGAAGGUGGAAGCCUGGGACGGCGGCGGAAACAACGUCGAGGCCUCUGGCGAAACAGGAGAUCUUGUAUGCGUCAAGCCAUUCCCUUGCAUGCCAGUCAAAUUCUGGGGAAGGGAUGGCGAGGCCAUUUACAGGAAAUCGUAUUUCGAGGAGUUCCCUGGUACACUUCCUUUUCUCGAACUCAAGAAAGUGCUUGGGCAUUGACGGGAACAGGCGUGUGGCACCACGGUGACUUUAUUAAGAUAAAUCCUGAAACGCGAGGCCUCCGGAUGCUUGGUCGAAGCGAUGCGAUUCUCAAACCUGCCGGUGUGAGAAUUGGUUCCGCGGAGAUUGUGCAUAUACCCUUCUCAGCCCUUUUUGGCAUAGACUGACAAGCAAUAGUACAAUGUACUCCUAGCCAAAUUCCCCUCCCAAUUCGAGGAUGCCGUCUGCGUUGGGCGCCGCCGUGCAAGCGACACAGACGAGAAUGUCGUUCUCUUCGUAAAGAUGUCUUCCGGUGCACUCCUUACUACCCAAUUGGUUACUGCGGUUAAGAGCACCAUCCGCCGUGAUCUUAGCGCAAGACACGUUCCAGUCCUCAUCGACGUGACACCGGAAAUCCCGGUCACGACUAAUGGGAAGAAGGUAGAAGUUGCAGUGAAGCAGAUCAUCAGCGGGAUCAACGUCAAGGUUAGCGCUAGCGUUGCGAAUGUGGAGAGUUUGGAGUGGUUUAAGCAGUGGGCUGCGAAGAAUGAGUGAUACAUGUUAUGCGGGGUGGAGUUAUUGAUGUAGUAACAAAUCAAUCGGGAGCGGUUCGUCUUUCCUGUACUCAAUGGUAGUGUCUGGUUUGGAUGUGGCUUUGCAGGCCGUACCGUAGCCUUCACCAUGAGGUCGGGGAAUGGGAUCAUGAUAUGUCACUCGUAU